GGAGUGUCAUCUGAGAAUCGAUACUGUGGGAAAGAUAACGACUGAUGUGCAUAAGACUUACCAGCAGGUUGUUUGGGUACGGAAGCUUGUGUUAUUUCCUGUGAGGAUGAUGUCGUCUAACCUUGGUGAAAUUGUUUUCAUUUCUCUGUGGAUCGUAAAGCUUGUCCAUUGCGACAGCUGUUUUGAAGUGGCUACUGUAAUACAGCGUGACAAGUACAUGGAACACCAGGUGUUCAGAAAGUUCCGGAGUCCGUCUUUGUACAUGUGUGCAUCAGAAUGUCUCAUGUCCUCAGCAUGUGUCUCCUUUGGAUUCGACAAGAAAAGGCGCACCUGCCUUCUCAACGAUAAGGACAGUGCCAAUGGAAAUGUUGUUGACAGAACGGGAUACCUCUUCAGUGACAUCCUCCACUGGCCAGGGCCUCUCUCUGGUCCAUGUUCUGUGGUGUCGUGCCCGGCAUCAUCCCGAUGUCAGGUGGACCGACUUGGUCGUGCAACUUGCGUUCCAGAAUUCCGUGGGUGUGGUCAGCCCCCAGAGGUGACAGACGCCAGCAAGACGUACGAGGGUCAUUACCAGGGUGGUGUUACAACUUACACCUGCAGGCAGGACUUCACAGCCUGUCAUGACAAAGUUACCAGCAUCUGCCAAUCCUCUGGACAAUGGGAGAAUCUGAUGACUGGUCUGUGUAGUCAGAAUGUUUGGCACAAUCCGGCUCUUGACGUAAAGUAUGCACUUCCAUGUGGACCAUCAAGAGAGUUCAGAGCAACCCUCAUUGGAACACCGAACCAAGCUACGAGAUGGAAUAUAUGGCUGUGGAAAGACGAUAAUGUACUUGCCUUGUUAGAGUUCCGUAUUCUGUUUGGUGAGAGUAGAAAUGAAACCGUCUUAAACUCGCUACUUAAUGGACUGUGGGGUGAACAUAUUACUGCUGACGGCCAUCUACCCAUGACUGUAGGACAUGAAACAGAGAUCCAGAUAACACUUCACAGUGGAAUAUACAGGCUGGAAAUCGAUGGCAUGAGUGUGUACAACCUCACUGAGAGACUGACAGGAGGGGAGCCUGUAUCUGUCUCCGUAGAGGGAGGCGUCGCACUUCGAUUGAUGGAAAUCCAGUUAAAUUAGCUUUAAUAAAAUUGAUCAAACUAUGAA